AAAAGGCAUCAAAAGCUGAGAAACGCUGCUUCAGAUGGACGGUGAUCGGGCGGAGCCGACGAGCAACACUGCCGUGGGGCUGUGCCUUCUCCCGUCGGAGCUGAUCCACGAGAUCCUUCUCCGCCUCUCCAUCCCGGAUCUUCUCCUCCUCCGCGCCGUUUCCCGGACCCUUUCCUCUCUCCUCGCCUCCUCCGAUUUCCGCCGUCUCUACUCCCCCGCCUCCUCUGGCCCCUGCCUCUUUGUCCUCACCAAGCGCUUCCCUCGCGACGCCCUCCUUCGUGUCUUCCACCCUGCUUCCUCCCGUUGGCUCCGUCUCCCCUCCGCUCUCCUCCCCUCCUCCACCGAUCCCUACCUUCUUGCCGCCUCCGGCGAUCACAUCCUCUUCGCCUCUAACUCUCGCCGUGAGCUCCUUGCCCUGAAUCUUUCGUCCAGAUCCAUCUCGACUCUUCCCCAUCCACCGCUCGGCCCCCGUCGCACCUCCUCCUGGCGCCGAUCGGGCCUGAAGCUCAUCUCCGAUGGCUCCCAUUUCCGUUUCCUCUUUGCCGAGAUCGUCGGAGAUCGUCCUUUCCUCUAUGAGUACGGCUCCGUCACCGGCACUUGGCGGUCAUCCGAGGCCGUCACCAACCUUCAACCGGUACGUGGCGGUGUCUGGCUGAACCUGGUCCAGUUUGGCAACGAAAGCGUGAUCCUGCGAGCUGGACCAUCGGAUGAAGAUUAUCCAAUUGUUCUACGGCCCAGGUUGAGUGCAGCGCUGAUCCCAAGACAAGUGGAGGACCCAUUAAGAGUGUACGGUGGGGAUGGGAAGAUGGUGGUGGUGAGAUCGACGGCGGUGGGGGUGGGAAUGAGGGUGGUCACCGCGGUGGAGGUGUGGGCGGUGACGGCGGCAGCGGGCGGAGGAGUGGCGUGGGAGAUGGUGACGGCGGCGCCGGAGGAGGUGGUGGAGAAGAUCAGAAGGCCGUUCGGAGUGAUGAUGGGGUGCAUGGAGGAGGAAAACGAAAGCAUGGGAAUGAUCAUGCGGCUGAGAAUCGUUCUGGUUUCAAAUCUCGAGGGAUCUUGGGCUAUAACUUGGUUGGGCCGAGACGCUGCCGGUUGUUGGGUUUGGGUCCCGGUCCCCGCUCCGGAAUCCGGGUCCACAGGGUUCUUCAACAUGGCUGGCAUUGUUCUCUCCUCCUGCUUCUCUGGCCUUAGCCUGCUUUUCUAGUUGGUUUGGUUGGGCCAACCCAACUUAUUAAUCCAAAACUAUAUAUAUACAUGGGGACCGAUCUUUAUGAACGUCCGUAAAUAACUUAUCUACUUAUCCACUAUUGAAUUCAACUUCAAUAGUUUCAAAUCAUCCAUUUUAGUAAAUAGUGAUUUGCGAGGAGUGCUGUCAACUCAUUAUUUAUGGACGUCCCGAGAUGAUCUUAUGCGCAUUCUUAUAUAAUAAUUGGGUAGUAAUCCAUCCUAAAACAAUUUAUAUAUAAAAUUAUUUAAAUUUCAUAAAGUCUA